AUGAGGUUGCAUCAAAUUGUGUUGCUAUUGGUGUUUGUAGCAACAUGUGUGUUGGCAAAUCAAAGUCAACAGCAGGUGCCUAUUAAAGCAGAGGUUGUAUCAGACCAACAGCAAGAGCAAGGAAGACCGGAGGGCACCAAUCCCUUAGCUGGGCUGCCACAGGACAUCCCUGACGAGGAGAUGGCUUCUUUGGAAAAGGAAAAGUUUACAUUUCAGACUGAAGUAUCCCGCUUGAUGCAUCUCAUCAUCAACUCGCUCUACAAGACGCGUGAAAUCUUCUUGAGAGAACUGAUCUCGAACGCAUCUGAUGCCCUGGACAAGAUCCGCUUCCUCUCGCUUACAGAUCCCAAUGCCAUUGCAGCUAAACCUAGUCUCAGCAUCACCAUUGCUGCUGACCCCGACAAGAAGACGCUGGUAAUCACUGAUUCUGGUAUUGGUAUGACACGUCAACAGCUCAAAGACAACUUGGGCACCAUUGCAAAGUCUGGCACAUCUGAAUUUUUGGCCAAGAUGGAGAACGGCAAUAGCGAUAUAACGCAGAUUGGACAAUUUGGUGUUGGCUUUUACUCUGUGUUUUUGGUCGCUGAUAGAGUCACUGUGGCCUCCAAGUCCAACGAUGAUCCAGACCAGCAUAUUUGGAUGAGCACUGCCGUAGAUGAUUUCACCAUUGCCAAGGAUCCUCGCGGAAACACGCUAAAGCGUGGUACUCAGAUUACGCUUUACUUGAAGCCUGAUGCCUACCGCUUCCUGCAGGAAAAGAACUUGAAGGCAUUGGUGCACAAGUAUUCUCAAUUUAUCACAUUCCCCAUCAUGGUGUGGAGCGGUCAAGAGGAGGAGGUUCCUGUGUCAGAGGAGGAUACUUUGUUGAAUGACGAUGUGGUAGAGGAAAGCAUCGACAAUGAUGGCAAGAAGGACAACAAGCAAAAGACAGAGAAGCGUAUGGUGUACGGAUGGCACCAUGUCAAUGUCCAAAAGCCCAUUUGGAUGCGUGAUCCCAAGGAUAUCACUGAAGAGGACCACAAGGAGUUUUUCAAGUCGCUGACACGUGAACCCAGUGAUCCACUCGCAUGGACUCAUUUCAAAGGUGAAGGAGAAAUCGAGUUUAGAACACUACUCUACGUGCCUCCCGUGGUGAACGACGUUUUUUAUCAAAAUGUUCAAAAAGACCAAUCCAACCAUCCCAUCAAGUUGUUUGUCAAGCGUGUGUUUAUCAGUGAUGAAGUCGAUCUGCUGCCCAAAUGGCUGUCUUUCCUCAAGGGUAUCGUGGACGCUGAUGACAUGCCACUGAACGUAUCUCGCGAAACUCUGCAAAAGCACCGCAGCCUUCGUAUCAUUACGCGUCAUUUGGUCAAGAAGGCACUCGAUAUGUUUACAAAUCUCAGUGAGAGCGAUCCCAAGGCAUUUGCAAAGUUCCUCGGUCAAUAUAGCACUAUUCUCAAGUAUGGUGCCAUUGAAGAUCAGCCUUACCGCAAGAAAAUUACCAGUUUACUGCGUUUUGCGACCUCCACCAACACAGAAGCCUUCAGCAGCAGUCUGGAUGACUACAUUGACCGUGCCAAAGCUGAUCAAAAGAGCAUCUACUUUAUGACAGGUAGCAACAUUGCUGAAAUCGAGCAAUCUCCUUUUAUCGAAAGCCUGCUAGCCCGUGGAUAUGAAAUCAUUUACUUUACCGACCCCAUUGAUGAAUCAUUCGUUGACAAUAUUCCGGGAUACAAUGGCAAGCAGUUUGUCAACAUUGCCAAGGGUGAUUUGACAUUUGAUGACGAUGAGCAGGAUAUGGAUCGAGGAUUGGAGGCCAAAUUCAAGCCUUUGACAGAUUGGUUGUUUGACACGCUUUAUGAAAGCAUUGAAAAGGCUGUUAUUUCUCAUCGCUUAACCACCUCGCCUUUUGCUAUUGUAGCGCCCAAGACUGGUCUCAGUGGUCAUGCUCAACGUGUAUUGGAUGCGCAAGGUGUCAAUCACAAGAACCCAAACAUGGAGUACAUUCUAGAGAGUAUGCGUUUGCAAAAGAAGGUUCUGGAGAUCAAUCCCAACCAUCCCGUCAUUACUACUUUACUGGAUUACGUCGAGGAAGACAACAUUACCGAGGAAAUGACCAAUUUGAUUCAACUCAUGUAUGAAACAACUGCUAUUCGCAGUGGAUUUCCUUUGAAGGACAUGACACAGUUUGCUGGUCGUGUGGAAGGCUUGAUCCGUAAAGCAGUAGGUGUUUCUAUUUUGGAGGAAGCCAAGGUCAAGGUGAAGAAGGCCAGCGAAAAGACGGAGGAGGAGAAAAAGGCAGACGAAGAGCUAAAAAAGACAAACAUUGUUUACGAGGACGAGUUCAACAAUGAUAUGGAUCACGACGAGCUCUAG